UAAUUUUUUUCAGCAGCUAAUCAACUUGUUUUCUUCAGCGAGCGACAUUGGAAGGAAGCAUUCCAUUAGCUUUUUCCUUUUUUUGCUGUCUCCAGAAAAUAAAAAUUUCAAUCUUUCGUCGGAAAAAAAGAAGAAGAAGAAGCAGAGUUGGGUUUAGUUUUUGCCGAGAAGCAAAGAGAUCAAUAAAUUAGUGAGCUUUUUUCUCUUUUCUACGAUGGCGGUUGCGCCGGCAAGAGCUCGUUCUGACUAUGAUUACCUCAUCAAGCUUCUUCUCAUCGGCGAUAGCGGUGUGGGGAAGAGUUGUUUGUUACUUCGAUUCUCUGAUGAUACUUUCACUACAAGUUUCAUUACUACCAUUGGAAUUGACUUCAAGAUAAGAACUGUUGAACUUGAUGGGAAGCGUAUCAAAUUGCAGAUUUGGGACACUGCUGGUCAAGAACGUUUCAGAACUAUUACUACAGCGUAUUACAGGGGGGCAAUGGGUAUAUUGCUUGUCUACGAUGUAACCGAUGAGUCAUCUUUUAACAAUAUUAGGAACUGGAUGAAGAACAUUGAGCAACAUGCCUCAGAUAAUGUCAACAAAAUAUUGGUUGGUAACAAAGCUGAUAUGGAUGAAAGCAAAAGGGCUGUUCCAACAGCAAAGGGUCAAGCUUUGGCUGAUGAGUAUGGAAUCAAAUUCUUUGAGACGAGUGCAAAAACAAACCUCAAUGUCGAAAAUGUUUUCAUGUCAAUCGCAAAAGACAUAAAACAAAGAUUGACAGAAACCGAUACAAAAGCAGAGCCCCAAGGCAUCAAGAUCACUAAACAAGAUACUGCCUCAUCAUCUUCUACAGCCGAGAAGUCAGCUUGCUGUAGUUACGUUUAGGAGUAUGAUUGCUCUUUUUCGCCUGCACUGGUUUUUUAGUAUCUGGCCAUCUUUCUCAUCUCUUACGUCUCAAAUCAGAGAUAAUUCUCAUGUUGUUACCUAGAACGAGUAGGAAAUCUCAUUGAUGGUUGUGAUCUUUAUGUCUAAUUUGUUAUCUCCAUAAUUCCUGUACAAUGAUCUUUCCUGAUAUGGAAGACUUAUGUUGGUCAAAACACUAUGUUAAAAAGACUUUGAAUUUAUGAAAAAUGAAACUGUUGUAGUGUG